AUGGAUGUUUUUUUAAAGGAAAUCUUGGAGCCUUCUCAAAGGGAUGCGUUCAACCACCUGACACAGAUGGAAAUGGCCACUGCUUACAACUUUAAGAACUCACUGAAAGAACAGAGUUUGUUCUCGGCGAAUAUCGGCCUCCCCAGCCCUUUGAUCCGCCGCUGCCGCCAGUGGCCAGCCUACACCACUCUCACGUCUCCGAUGGUCAAAAUGCUAGUUGAGCAAGACGAGCUGAGGAAGGCUGGGUCCCAAGGAACAUCUGAGGAAUGCAGACAGGGAAUGGGCAGCAGCAGGAGCAGAGGGGGCCACACGCCAGGACGAAAGCCAAGUGAUCAGUCUCAGGAAGCAGGUUUUACUGGGACAACCCAAGAGUCGUCAAGGACAAAUGAAGAUAGCAGCCCCCUUAGGAUUGCCAGGGGCUCUCCAGCAAACACUGAGGGCUUGUUUUUCCAGAGUAGUUCAUCCUCAGCGGGCCCCCCAAUUAAAGGCAAUAAGGUUAUUUUCUCCAGUAAACCCCCCUUCCGUGUGCUACCAUAUGGCUCCCAGAUGUCUCCCAGCAAGCAGAAAUCAACUGCCUGCAGUUAG